UCCUGCUCCUCUGGGGGCCCUAUGUGGUGGCCAGUUACCUGCGCGUCCUGGUGCAGCCGGGCGCUGUCCCGCAGGCCUACCUGACAGCCUCGGUGUGGCUGACAUUCGCGCAGGCUGGCAUCAACCCCGUGGUGUGCUUCCUAUUCAACCGGGAGCUGAGGGACUGUUUCAGAGCCCAGUUUCCCUGCUGCCAGAGCCCCCAGGCUACGCAGGCCACCCUCCCCUGCGACCUGAAAGGCAUUGGUUUGUGAGGCGCGCUCUGCCAACCCAGGCUCCCUCUGGCUUCAAUUGUGACCGCGCUUCUUCCCCUUCUGUCCCGUGUCUGGUUUUUCUCCGCUGCCUUCACAAGACUCUCAAAGUGGACACACGCACUUGGAUUGUACAGACUUCUGUUCUGGGGGCGGGGGAGGGGAUGCCGUGGUCCAGUUCCGUCCUUCUAAUUAUACUUUCUUCCUGGCGGUAGGCCCUGCAGUCUUUUUCGUACUGGUACCGACUUCUUUUCUUCCACGUGUGAUUUUUUUUUUUUUAAAUAAAGGCUACACUGGUUUUAUUCAUGCAAAGUUUCCUAGAGACCAUGGCCGGUUUUCUACAGAAGCUAUUUUUGACCACCUCAAGUGGCAUUACCUUUGCUUUGCAGUGAAGGAGGGAGAGCUAGGGGGAUCUUCUAUUGGAGAUGGAAGAGAGAGACAGAGUUGUCUAAAGUCCCCUCUGAAUCACAGGCCACAGGACGAGGUGUGCUGUGUGCCUUCUUUGGAAAUGUGGGGAACUUUUCCCAGCGGUGACACUGAACUUUAAGAGGAAAUGGGAAUGGGUAGGAAGGCAGUCACGUUUGAGUCAGUUAACAAGCAAGGUUUGAAGCCCUGUUUGUAUUACUUUAAAAACUACACAUCAGCAACAGCUGCUCUGUAUAUCAAUCUUGAACGAAAUAUUUCUGUGAGACUGUGACUUUUAAACAGUAAAAUGUGUUUUGGAUAGUAAUGUGGAGAGAAAAAAAAACAGUAUUGCAUGUGUUUGUACUGAUCGUGAUUUUUGGAUGGGGAGGGCUCUGGAGGGCAAAGAACCACCGGUUGGUUUGGGUUUGGGGUUUGGGUUUGGGUUUGUUUUUUUGUUUUUUGGUUCUUUUUUUCUUUUUUGUCCCCAGUAAAAAGUUAAAAUACUUUUGUGGAAAUGGCUUGUGCUUUGGUAAGCCCAGUUUUGCUCUGUCUUAUGAAGCUGAUCUUCACUUCGAAGACUUUUGUCUAUGGUAAAAAGAAAUGGGAUGUAAUGGUGCCCAGGAGACAAAACCUUUUCCUGCAGUGUGUGCUGAGUUAGGUGGUGCUGUUCUAUUGAUGGCUGAUUUAAAUGAUUAAUAAGAACUAUAAUUUAAAAUACUAUCUCUUUGUUAGACAUUGUCAUUUGGAACUGAAGGACUACAUUGCAAGUACUGUAUAAUACUUUUGGCUUAAACUGCUAUGUUUUUAUUAAUGUAACUUGCGUUUUGAAGAUUUCUAUCUGUACUUCUCUUUACAUUACAUAAAUACACCAGUAUUUUCAUUCUGGA